ACUAAAGCAAGCUUUGUGCGGCUAGUGCGUUCGUUUUUGUAAAUUACUUCGUUUUGAGUUAUGAACAGUACAAUACUAGCGUUAAAAUGGAGGAGAAAAACGAUAGAUUAUGUAUAUUAUGUGGUCUCUAUCUAAACACUAACGUAGCCGUUGUAAAAGAGAGGGGUCUGUUAAAAUUCGUCGAAUCGAGCAUUGCAAGGGGUGAUGGUAAACAAGACAUUUUUAAAAACCGCACUGAAAUAAAACUACACAAAAGCUGCCGAAACACAUACAAUAAUCCAAGGUGUAUUGAGGCUGCAAUAAAAAAGAAGAAAAAGGUAUGGCAAAACAUAUCCGAGUUAACCGGCGAAUUCGAUUUUCAAAAUAAAUGCUUGUUUUGCAAUAAGGACGCGUCACUAUUGUUUGAGCAACAGCAAGCCAGAUAUCCUGAGUCCAACCGAGUUGGGGUAGGACAAGUAGAGACGUUGGAAACUCAAAAUGCAAUCCUUAGGGCUUGUACCACAAAUGACGAUAACUGGAGUCAACUAGUUCUUUUACGGAUUGGCCAAUUUAAUAUUUUGGAAAAAAAUGCUAGAUACCACUAUGAUUGCUACAAUAUAUUUUGUGACGCUCCUCAAGCAUCAGGACUUGGGCAAAGCCAACAACAGUCAGAAAGCAUGGAAAUUGCCACGGAUCAGGACUUGAAUAUGACGGAGUCAACAGACCACUCCAUCAAGAUGGAGCCUGAGGAUCCUGACGAGGUGAACCCGGAGUUGGAGCAGCCCAUCAAACAGGAACCUGAGCUGGAGGACCCGCAGGAUAAACUCAAUGACCCUCUGAGAACUUCUGAUUCUUCAAAACAAGAACUAGUAACACCGUUCACAUCACCAUUAAGAAACCAGCUCCACAAAGAAUGCAGAUCACGAUACACAGAAGAAAACCAGCUCAAAAAGAGGCUUACAAAAGGUGUCACUGCAGAAACUGAGUCCGAUGCAGAUGAUGAGUCUGGAGACCGUAUGCAGAUGGGACCUGAUACGUCUAGAGGGUCAGAAUCAGAGAUGCCAUUUACAGAAUCAUUAGAAUCAGAACCGUUGACACCAGGGCCUUCAAAAAUAGAAAUGCUGGCGCAGAAACUUUACGGUAAUAUUGAGGUAUGCCGCAUAUGCAACUGCGCUCUGACCAAGGACAUAACCAUAGUGGGACUAAAAGGCUACCUAACCCUCCAGCGCUCGAGCGAGCACCGUCAAGACGGCAAGUUCCCGAUGGGCACAGAGCACGAAUCCAUCGCACUCCCGCUGCAUAUAACGUGUAGGAAGAAGUACACCCAGGAGAGGUCGAUUAGGAAGAGCAUCUGUGUGAGGGUGCAGAAAGAGAUGAACGCGGACGCACCUCCGAGUCCUCCGCUUGAAAAAAUGUUCGAUUACUUAACGCAAUGCCUAUUCUGCGGCGGCGACGCGUCCGAGACGUUCGUUCGUUCGGUCAUACAACGGCCGGUGUCGAAACGGCAGAACUACGUGACCAGGGUUAGUCGCUCGCACGUGGGGGAAAAUCUGUACCGGACCUCGCUGGAUUACCCUGACUCUGAGGUUGGGGAGUUCCGGAAGAGAAUAAAAGACAAGGACCUGGUCGCCCUCCGCGCCCGCUACCACAUGAGCUGCUACAGGAAGUUCCGCUUCCCGAGGAGAGGCCGCCUCGGGCCCGGCGCCAAGCGCGGCCGACCCCCCAGCGAGGAGCUGCAGGCGGAACUCCAACCCGUCUACGACCAAAUAGACAACAACUGGGAAGACUCCCAGUUCGACCUUUCCGACUUCAACUAUUCCGUCAACCCUAGGACUAUGGUCAUAAAAAUCGAAAAUCACUACGGUGGCGUUUUGCAGAGCAAGAAUAAUUUCGUCGUCGUACCACCCGCUCGAGAGAUUUUAAAAGAAAAAUGGCACGAGGAGAAGCUUGAUGAUGAAAAAAGCGAGCGAUUAAGAAUAGUUAGAACGGCUGCAAAUAUAAUAUUAGAAGAUAUCAGAUCUAUCCUCUUUGAUACAAAAAGCUAUCCACCUCCGUCUUCGUUCUUGGACGAAGUUAACUCCGUGAUACCAGAAACGUUGAAGACUUUUGUAGAAACUGUCGUCACGAAGUAUCAAAAGAAUCCGGAGCCUUUAGAAAGUACUGUGACGGCUUUAAGUCAUUCUAUAAUGACGGCUGCGAGGCCGAGGACUUUUAAAAGCCCUCUACUCUUAGGGAUCGGCAGUUUAAUACACCAGAAAUAUGCCUCGAAAAGUUUAAUAGACCUGCUGUCUUCUAUAGGGUUUUGUGCUUCGUAUAAAGAUGUGCGUCAGUUGGAAACGGCAAUGGCUUCCAAAAGUGUCACUCAUUCUCGACCAGAGUUUACCCAGUUCAUUUUUGAUAGUGUUGAAAGUGAAAAAGGACCUAUGCUUGUGGGCGUUCAGUGCAAUACACCAAAAACUAAUGAAACACCCAUAAAAAUAAAAGAGAAAAUUCCAGAUCUUAGCAAGAUUGAGUAUAAAGCAACAUUGCAGAAACACCGCUCCAGGUCCAACCUUAUGAAUGUUCUAAUAGAAGACCAUAGAGAUGACACAUCGAUACUCCCAACUAGAGGUGAUGCUCUAUGGUUGUUCGGGAAGAGCGAACCGUCUCUCAACAUCCCUGGAUGGGAGAAUUUCAUAAGCAAAAUGCCAAAAGAAAAAGAACACCAAGUAUCAGAAAUUCGUCCUUUGCCAGUGAUAGAAUCCCCGCCAACAAGAGACGCCAUUUCCACAGCGCUUAAAGAAGCUCAGAAGAAAACUAAAGGAACAUGUUUAGUGACGUUCGAUCAACCGAUGUACCAAAUAGCUCAGAAAAUAGUUACAAAUCCAGGCAGUUUGAUGCUUGAUGUUGUUUUGAAAUUGGGGGGUUUUGAUUUGAUAAAAUCGUUUCUUGGUGUCAUUGGGUUCAUCAUGUCUGGGAGUGGAUUGAAAGAGUUGUGGUGCACUAUUUACGCUGCAGAACAUAUUGAAAAAAUGAUGACAGGACAUGCUUUCGCUCGCGCUAUAAGAGCACAUUUUUUGACACGGUCAGCUCUUUUCAAUAUUAUAACUAAAGAUUUUGACUUGACGCCUGAAGAGAGAUUGGAAAUUGAAGGGAUUUUAGAAGGACACUACAUUACAGAAUAUGAAAACCAGAAAAAUUAUCAGGAACCACUGGCGAUAACUCUGGAACUACUGGAAAAGCGAGGCCCGACUGCCCAACUGUGGGUCCAAUACUUCCGUAUGACGACCCUCGUCGCUCAGUUCAUUGAAGCUGAAAAAACUGCUAAUUGGGAUCUUCAUCUGUCAACAAUAAAAAAGAUGCUCCCAUAUUUCCACGCAGCUGGCUACUUUGAAUACGCAAAAUCUUGCAGCUUGUAUUUACAAGACAUGAAAGGGCUUGAGACAAAGAUGAACGAGGAGGAGUUUGAGAAAUUUACCAAAAAAGGAUAUUUUGCCGUCAGAUGGACGGACAAUUUUGAAUGGUCCGACCGAGCGGUGGAAAAAAAUAUGACAUUGUUGAAGAGGCCUGGAGGAGUCACGAAUGGGACAAAAGUUACUGACGAUUUUCUAGCAAACUGGCUUUUUGCAUCGCCUGCUCUGAGCAUAGUAUCACAACUAGUCGAAAAUUUCUGCAAACCAUCUGAAAUUGAGCAAAACAACAAGGAUAAUAAAGACUCAGCAAAAUUGCAGAGUUGGUUUGAAGAACACAACCCUUUUGCUGAAACCGCGAAUCUCGUUGCUCUCGGCAUGGAUACAAUAGGGAAAGAUCUUAACUGUCACGAGGCCGAAAUGGUUGGGAAGCAAAUAAUGGAAGAAACGAUUGGUCAAAAUUAUCGAGACGUCCAUUAUGAAAGAAGUAAAUGCGUGCGUCCUCUCUCCGUCGACAAGUCUAUUCAAAUUGAGGACACAUUUAUUACACCUAUAGAGCCUGAUACUAUAUUGAAACGUAUUUAUGAAACUUCCAGUGAGGAGAUCAAAUCUUUCUUUGAAUAUGAGUUGGCGCCGUAUCCUAUGUCGUUGUUUGAUGACCGAGGGAUAUCGGAAGCUAAUAAGUCUUCCUUAUUCGAUCAGUUUCUUCCAGUAGAAAUAACAGAUGGGGACAACCGGUUCCACGUAUUAGAUGGUGAAUUCCUCUUGCGCAAAGUUACUUGGAAAGAGGGCGCCACUGUAUCGAAUAUCGCCUAUUCAUAUGUCGAAUAUGUGAAAACGCAUUUCAAAAAUGCCAUUGUCAUAUUUGGUAGCCACAAAACAUCAGAUACUGCAAGGCGUAACAAAGUCAAGAAAAGUCCAAUUGUGGAAUUCCAGAAAGAUACCGUAUUAACGGUUGACAAAGAUAACUUUUUAGCCAAUGAAAAGAAUAAAGACAGAUUCAUACAGUAUCUGAUAAUAGACUUCACACGCUCCGGUAUAAAAAUCAAAUUGAAUUCCAACGAUUUACAUUCAAAUAUCGUUGAAACGGUCAUCGACAAUGCAUCCACAUACGAUAAAACUUUUAUAGUAAGUGACAACGCUGACUUACUACUUAAAAUGUGUAUUAUUUCAAACAAAGAAAACGUAUAUUUCAUGAAACCUUCAAGAAAUCCAACAUACUUCCACGUAGAUGGCUUCAGCAGCAACAAAAUUAAGAUCAGCAUGCUCUUUUUACAUGCCGUUUCCGGCUCCGAUUCGACGUCAUCAAUUUUCCAACAAGGAAAAACACAGAUAUGCUCAGCGCUGUCCAAAAUGCAUAUGAAAGACAUCAAAAAUCUUAUGACCAUUUUCGCAAAUCCCACUUCUGAUAAAAACUCUAUAGUGGACGCGGGGAUAAACUUCAUACGACGUCUAUACGAUGAACAAAAUAAAGAUUAUGACUUAAAUAUUCUCAGAUAUAAGAGAUUCUCUAAGACUAUAACUAGAAGCAGAUAUGAUCUGGCAUGCAUGCCACCUUCAAAAGAAGCAGUUAAACAGCAUAUGUAUAGAACUUAUCAUCAAAUACAGAAAUGGCUUGGGAAUGACUUGCCGCCCACCGAAUGGGGGUGGAAGUUAGUCGAAAAUGGCUUGGUACCGAUAACAUUUUUAGCUGAAGUCGCUCCCAAGGAGUUAUUGGAUUUAAUUAGUUGCAAAUGUGAUGGUGUGUGCUCUGUCAACUGUCUUUGCAAGCAAGUACGCUUGGAUUGUUGCGUUCUCUGUAUCAAUUGUAACGGCAAAUCAUGCCACGGAUUAGACAUGGAUUUACACUCAUCAGAAACAGGUUUUAAUGCCCUUUUAAAGUGUGAUGCGUAUGGGAAUCCUAUCGAUUCCUUGGCGGUUAGCAAAGAGAAGGAUGAUGAUGAUGAAAAGGAGCCUCAGGAGGCUGAGUCAGCAACGCCGAGACCGAAACGGGCAAAGAGAGAGACAAAUGGUGAAGAAACGAGUCAACAUGACCUCGAACAAAUAUAUAUAGUUGAGGAAGAAGAUAUAUAGCUAUUAGUAAUAACAGUAAGUAUAUUAAGAUAUAGGGACUUGGGUCGGUUUACUGGGUAACUAUUAGUACAUACCUCAACUGUGGUGCCGGUACCUCUUGGUACACUAUUUUUAAAUCGUAUAAACGAGAAGAGAAUGUUUUAUUGUGUUCCAUUCUAUACCCGAUGAAUCUAAUCUAAUUUGACCAGUCUGUACUUUUUCUAUUGUAUCUUAAGCACUCUCAAAUGUUAUGUAAGAUUAUAAUAGAAACAAAUUGAUUAAAACACUAGUUUACUA